AUGCAGCCCACCAUUAAGCUUUUCGCUAUUCUCUCUCUCCAGCUUGCCUCAGUAGCUCUGGCCGAGAACAAUGUCGAAUCCGACGACGUGCCACAAGCAUGCCGUAGCAACAACGACUGCCAGUCGGUGUUCACACUCUCCAGGAACUGUGACGAACAGACAGGAAACAACGACGGCUACGUGAACUGCGUCUGCAACUCGACCAACGCCCAAUUCAUCCUUAAUUCGUGCGCGGCCUGCGUCGACCAAAACGAGCGGGGUGAUGACCGCACUGAUAACGAUGUCACUGACCUCAUGAGGGACUGCGGAUGGACCUACAGUCAAACCUCGCAGACUUCCACCGCCGGCAGCGCCAGUACAAGAACAUCUUCCCCUGGGUCUUCUGUGACUCAGGUGACGACCAUCACCAGCUCAGGCACCACCAUCGUGAGCACCCAGACCACGGCCGCUGCGGCCACGACGACCUCGUCGCCCAAUGCUGGGGCUGUGCCGACUGCCAUGGCCGGUGGCGCGCUCGUAGGUGCUGCUGUUGCGGCUCUCGCUUGGAUGUAA